UUUGCAAAACAUCAGUCUGAAUUUACUAGACAGAAGUCACUAGGAACGCCUUGACAGACUCCGGCUUCGGCUAAGGCUCCCUCCAGCUGCGGAGGCUGUUUUUGUUAGAAUCACACACUGCGCAGAACCGCUUAGAAUAGAGCCAUGAUCUCAACCACGAAAUGUGAACUUAUAUUUUGGAGAAAGUAACGGAGACGGACUCCUCUCCUAGGCUGAGUGUUGAAGCAUGUCAUGCCUCGGCGUUUCAGCUCCUCCUCGUCGAGGUGGUGAAAUGACAACUUCUUCUAUUCAUCAAUCAGUGAAUUUGAAGUAAUCUUUCAUCAAGUUUCAUCUCCUUUAGUCUCAUACGGAAUGUAUCUCUCUGUCUGUUGUUAAACUACGAUGACAUGUCUGUAGCUAUCAGAAAGAGAAGCUGGGAAGAACAUGUGACCCAAUGGAUGGGACAGCCUUUUAGUUCUGAUGAUUGUAACACAGCAUGUCAUCAUGGACUAGUAGCUGACAGCUUGCAGGCAAGUAUGGAAAAAGAUGCAAUUCUAAAUGUGGACCGCAAAGAGAGGUGUGUUUCACUCCCAGACUGCUGUCAUGGCUCAGAGCUGAGAGAGAUUCCUGGGAGGCCAAUGGGUCACAUUUCAAAGGAGGUAGAUGAAGAUGACAGCCACGAAGGUGAAGAUCAGUUUCUUUCUCUGGAGGCCAGCACAGAAACACUCGUGCAUGUUUCUGAUGAGGACACCGAUUCUGAUCUGUACCUCACAGAUGAUAAACAGAUUCUAACUACUCAAGGACCUGAAACAUCAGACCAACAUAGCGUCAAAGGAGCAGGCUCCUUAGUAAAGACGCUACCCAUUGUGGAAAGUAACCAAGAUUCUUGUGACUCCUGGGGAAUGGCUGGUGGAGUUGAUUUAGGGCUGGUUGAGGAAAAAGGGGACAGGAAAGCUGUUGACAUGGUGAGUAAAAGCCUGGAGCUUUGUAAGGAGAUAAGCUUAAGUGAAAUAAAAGAUCCGUCCAAAAUGAAUGCUUGCAGUUCAUUGAAUGUGAAAGAUACUGUGCCAGAAAAGCAAUUGCUUAAUUCUGCUGUAAUUGCUCAGCAUCGAAGGAAACCCGACUUCCCUAAAGAUGAACAUGAAAGCAACACCUGCAGUGCAGUACAAGAUAAGUUAUUGGCUAUUCCUCGUAUGGACAGAGGACUGCCAUUAUUAAAAACAGAUCCUGGAAGCUGCCUUCUGCAGCCUCCUUCCUGCCCUAGUGGAAUGUCAACUGAAAAUGGCCUGGAGACGAGUGGUUUCUCAGAACAUCAAAACAAAAGUCUUCCAAAGUUCAACUCAGGAGAUGGCAUGCAGUGUUUACACUUCAAGGAGACUCUGGCCACCCAGGAACCCACAGAUAACCAAGUCAGACUUCGUAAAAGAAAGGAAAUAAGAGAAGAUCGAGAUAGGGCGCGACUAGACUCCAUGGUGCUGCUGAUCAUGAAACUGGACCAGCUCGAUCAGGACAUUGAGAACGCCCUCAGCGCCAGCUCCUCUCCGUCCAGCACACCAACCAACCUGCGGCGGCAAGUCCCUGAUCUGGAAUCAGGACCUGAGAGUGGAACAGAUACCACUUCGAUAAAUCAGACACAAAUAAAUUUGUCUUCUAACACUGAGUCCACUGACCCACAGUCUUCCACCCCAGUGGCCAAUUCUGGAACCAAACCCAAGUCUACGGCGAUUCCAGGUAUUUCAGAGAAGGAAAAGGCUGGCAAAAGAUUGAGAUCAAUAUCUCUUCCAGAUUGAUCUGUAAGUAUUUCUGUUUUAUAAUUAAAGUAUGAUUUUGAGAUAUGGCUUAUCUAAGUGGAACAUCUCAAACAGUAAUUUACAAUCGUAAUAAAGUAACUAAUUCCCAAGAAAAGGCUGGUGCUCAUAUUGUUAUAUGAAGGCUGUCCAGAGUACCAGUUUGGCCAUUUCAGGAGAAUGGUUCAUGAAUAGAAGAAACUAUUUUGCCCUGACUACUGUUAUCAUGUAGAAAUGAUCUUCUAGAAUUCUACAAGUGAUGUUUAAGCAAAAUGGUCAUCAAAAGCCCUCACUUGCCCACCAAACUGGGGUUUUGCUUUUUGUCUUAAUUUUUCUAACCGUUGUGCUUCCCAGAAAACAUAUUCCAGUGACUCCCAACUGCUAAUGUUAUAAACUGCUUUUUUUCCCCUCCCAGUUUUCUUGAGAUUUAGUUGACAGGCAGCACUGUAUAAGUUUAAGGUAUACAGCAUAAUGAUUUGACAUAGAUAUAUCAUGAAAUGAUUACCACAAGAAGUUCAGUGAGUAUCCAUCCUCUCAUAAAGAUACAAAAUAAAUAGGAAAAACUUUUUUUCUUGUCAUGAGAACUCUUAGGAUUUACACUCUUAAUAACUUUCCUGUAUAACAUACAGCAGUGGCGCUAGUGGUAAAGAACUUGCCUGACAAUGCAGGAGACGUAAGAGAUGUGGGUUUGAGCCCUGGGUCAGGAAGAUCCGCUGGAGAAGGGAAGGACAAUCUACUCCAGUGUUCUUGCCUGGAGAAUCCCAUGGACAGAGGAGCCCGGCAGGCUGUGGCCCAUAGGAUCACAGAGGCAGAUAUGACUGAAGCAGCUGAGCGCCACUGAGUGUUAAUUAUAUUUCUCAUGUUGUACAUCACAUCCCUAGUAUUUACUUUAUUUUGUAAUUGGAAGUUUGAACCUUUUGACCUCCACCCAAUUCCCUAUCUCUACCACUGGUAAUUCAAACCUGAUCUCUUUUCCUAUGAGUUUGUUUUUGCAGCAUAUUGACCUACAACAUCAUGUUCAUCCUGGUGAUAAACUUCUUCUUAAAAUAAAUGUUAAAUCUGUUCUUUCUAUGGAUUUUAGGAAAUAGAUAAAUGGAGAACAACAUGGUAUACUUCAUCACUUCUGUAUCUACCCUUUUUAAGUCUCUGGUCUUCUGUGUAUUUAUCCAGUGUUUUCCCUGCUGUGUUGUGAUUUCCUGAAAGGCAGACAUUUUCCCCGCACCUGUAUAGCACCAGCCUCUUAGGAGGUUUUUGACUUAAUGUCUGUCGAAUGACUGGUUGAAUGGAUAAUAAUAUCAAACAUUUAUUCUGUGCCUGCACUUUUCUAAGCACUUUAUUGAUAUGACUUAAUUUAAUCCUCUAGCAAUCAUAUAACGUAGACGUAAUGUUUUCCACAUUAGGGAGAUGAGGAAGCUGAGACUCAGAGAGGUUUCCUAAAAUAACCAAAGUCACACCACUGCUGAGGCAAGAUUCAAAGCAAGCAACACAGGCUAGAGUGCAUGUUCUUAACCACUAUGCUGCAGGUAGUGGUUAAAUGCCAAGGUUCCUCAGGCUGAUGAACAAAUUUUUCCUUAAUCAGACCUUAGCCUUCCUAUCCCGCCUUAUCUCCCGUCCCCCCCUAACUCGCACCUUCCGCUGUAACCAUGGUAGCAACCUUGCUUUUCUCCUGAAUUUGCUUCCAUACAAGUUGACCUUUGUUCCUCCUGUUUCCCUUCCAGAAAUUUAACUCCCCCAUACCCCAAGGUCUCAUUUGGGUCCGACCUUCACUGUAGUCUUCUGUGACAACUCCUGCUCAUAUUAAUUUCCUGCUUUUGGAAAUGAUACAGCAUAUACAGUCUGUUACGGUCAUUUUCAUUCUUAAUCAUAUGUGGAUUGCCAUUGUCCAUUGAGUGUUCUGCCUCCCAACAGUUUUGUAAGAAUCCUUUCAAAAACACUUUGCACUGUGCUGUGCACCUAAGAGGGGGUUACUGAAUUGAUAGACUUUAUUUUUUUAGAGAAAUUUUCAGUUCACAGGAAAACUGAGUGGAAAGUACAGUUCAAAUUAUAUAACGUUCUUUUAAAGUACACUACAGACAUAGUAAAAAGAUCAGGAAUUGUCAGGGGUUGGGGAAAGGGAGGCAUGAACUGAUGGAGCACAGAGGAUUUUUAAGACAGGGAAGCUAUUCUAUGUGAUGCUUCAGUGGUAAAACAUGUAGGCUUUUCACAUUGGCUUCUUUCACUUACAACUAUGCAUGUAAGGUUCCUCCAUGUCUUUUCAUCAUAUAAUAGCUUGUUUCUUGUACUAAGUACUAGAACUAAGUUAACACUGCAUUGCUUGAAUAUACCACAUUUAAAGGAGCUUAUUUAACACACUUUUAGUGUAAAAAUGUUUCAACUCAUUGAUCAUAAAAUAUAUUGCACCCAGCACAUUUGUAAACUUGUAUCCCUUCUUCUUUAGGCAAAGGUGACUCUCUUCUCUUAGCCAUUGAUUGUGAUUACUUCAUUUCUCUCCUUCAGAAUGUCUUCAUGUUUUCAAAAGAAAGAUACUACUACUAAAUGUGUUAUCCACAGCUGUUAUUUAUUGUGCACCUACCUCAUGGUCUCUGAGAAGAGACGCUUCCUCAACAUCAUCUUUAGCGCACCCUAAGCUCACAGAACUUGACUCUCUCCUGCUCCAAAGCUGAUGCUCUCUCCACCUUGUCCCACCUAACAGCACCACGUCUCCCACCCCUGAGUCUUCUAAUAAAAGUAUGACUGAAAUUAGUAAAACUCUAAUAGUUCAUGUAGUUUAUGUGGUCCACUUAUUUCUCUCCUUAUGCCUUUGCUCCUGAAGUUUACUGUUCCCAAAACACUCUUCUAUUGUUUUUCUCUCCAAAUCACACACUUCCUUCAAGGAUUUGCCUGAGUGCUAUUUUUUGCCCAAAAUCUCAGUUGCUCUAUUGUUGGGCAAGCUCUUCCUUUGAAUCAGACAGAUGUCACUGCUCAUCUUCUUCCCUGAGAAGUGGCAGCCUAUGUACAUUGUGACCUCCCUCCCCCCAUCCUAACCCAUGGCCAGAGUCCAUUGGACUGGGGGCAGGCGGCUGGGGUGAGAGACACACGUGACUCAAGGCCAGAGAAUACAUUGAGUGAACAGCGGACAAUCUGUUUCUCUCUCUCUUUCACUUCUUCUCCUCCUUCUCUUCCUUCUCUCUCCUUCUUCAUAUUAUGAGCCAGAAAAACUCAGUCAACCUGUAACAGGUGUUUUGGAUUCCACUGUUAGGUGGAGUCACAGAGGAAACAUGAUUCUGCAGAGAGGAGUGGGGUAAAGGGGUAACUGACCCAAAAAAAGAAGAGUAGAGAUGAUGCAAACUAGAGAAUGAGAUGGAAAAAGAAACUGCUUCUAUCAGUCCCAACUCUCAGGAGGGCCCCACCCCUCGUCUGCAGGGUAUCUCUGUGUCCUCACAUCUCAGGCUUUUAGUUGGACAGCAAGGAGAUCAAACCAGUCAAUCCUAAAGGAAAUCAACUCUGAAUAUUCAUUGGAAGGACUGAUGUUGAAGCUGAAGCUCCAAUACUUUGGCCACCUGAUGUGAAGCACUGAUUCAUUAGAAAAGACCUUGAUGCUGGGAUAGAUUGAAGGCAGGAAAAGGGGACGACAGAGGAUGAGAUGGCUGGAUGACAUCACUGGCUCAAUGGACAUGAGUUUGAGUAAACUCCAGGAGACAGUGAAGGAUAGGGAAGCUGGCGUGCUGCAGUUCAUGGGGUCACAAAGAGUCAGACACAACUUAGCAACUAAACAGCGUCAUCAACAUGAAUGAGUUCUUUGCAUUCAGAUGAUUAGACAUCCUUCUCCAAAUCCCUACUGAAUAUAAUUAGUAUCAAAAAUAGUCAAUUAUCUGUUUUACUUGUCUUAUAACACUGUUUUCUUCUUCAUAUAUAUGUAUAAUAUGAACAUAUACAUGUUCAAAAUAUGUAAUAUGCAGUAACCGUGAAGAACCAUGGAAUAUUUUGGUCUCCUGUUUAUGAUUUAUUUUACUCUAAAACAUUUAGCAAGAACUGCAUAUAUAGUGAAAGUUCAAUAAAAUUACGGUUUUUCAGUUAUACUGCCAUUUUAGGCUACAGAACUCUAUCACUACUUCAUAAUCACCUUUUAGCCCGUAGAACGUGUUUCUCCAUUUUCAGUCACCUUCAACUAUUAUAUCUGGUAUUUAUGAGAUUCAUGGGUUGAUUGUCUUUUUCCCCUUGACCAAAUAAAUCAUCUCCUUUUAAAAUCACUUAAAGUCAUCCUGACCAUGCCAUUCAGUUUUUAAUUUGCAUUGUAAUUCAUUUGAGUCAAGUGCUGUUGCUCUCAACAAUUUCAUAUUUUUAUAGUCUAUAUUCACAUUUCCUUAUUCCACUGACUAUGAUUAACACAUGUCAGAUAUUAAAUAAUAAGAGUUAGCAGUGUAAAACCAAAAGAGGGAAGCAUACAAAUAAAUAAUCAGGGAGUGAGACAGUUGAUACAUUUUUUAAAAUAAAAUGUCUUUAAAAGGAAAAAAAAUCUGAACUCUAUUAAACUUACCUAUAUUUUAUGACUCAGUAUUUUUUUAAUCUUAAAAAGUCACCUAUGUUUAUGGGAUAUGGAGGCAUUUCUAUGAUUUUUUUCCCCCUCUGAGACCACCAAUGGUUGAAUUCUAGCUGCAGUCAUGAAAACAGUAACUUUCAUCUCUGUAAGACCCAGCUCAGCCAGGUGGGGGAUAUAAGGGUUUUCUAAAUUUGUGAUUUUGGGUAAAUCAGAACACCAGCUUAUUUAUUACAGCAUGAAACUUUCACUGUUUGGUAAUAUUUUCGAGUACCAAAUUUGGGGACCUUAAAAAAAACAAGUUAUCUUGCUCUAACAUGUGACCCUGACUCUGAGAUGGCACUCAUCACUCUGCAGCUAAUCAGGAGCCGUGCUCCCAGAUGGUCCCUGACAGCAGAACAUAAACAGAGCAGUGAGCCCACCAUCCUCACAUGCAGGCAGCUCCCUGGCCUUCUGUGAUGUGGACACAAGCACUAUGACAAAGAAAUGUUAGAAAUGACUUUCGCAAUAGAGCUAUUCUGACACACAGACAAAUAAUUUCGGGUGUUUCAAAAGCACUCCCAUCUGGAAUGGAAGCCAGUUUUUAAAAACUAACUGCAGAUCACAGAUAGCAAGACUUUUUCUUAGAGGAAACAAAAUAUAAAAUUUCAGCAAAAGAGGUUUAGUUAGAUUGCAGAUAGAAGGAAGCCAUGGUUGCAUUUUCUUUCCUGGUAGAACUUAAGUGAGCCAGGCUGACAGCGCAGAUCCAUAGGAAGAAUUCCACAUCUGGAAAAUCUUUGCUCCAUCUGUGGUAGGUUUCCAGCCUCUUGCUCUUUCUCUACCAUUUCCCAUGACUUCAGCUUAUCUCCUUUUUGUUUUCUUUAGUGAAGUUAUUUAACCCUUAGGGGUUUCAGAUUUUUGUUUUGUUUUGUUUUUAAGAGGAAGGAGAGCAAAGGAAUACUUUAUAACAUUUUUGUGAUUCUCUAGAAUUGAGCCUGGUUUAUAUUUAAGUGUCUACAUAAGUUAUAUAGAUGGUAAAAAAUAUAUGUCUAUGUAUAUAUAUAAAGUACCUAGUCAAUUAUAUGAAAUUAUAUUUUAGAAAUGCAUUAGAUAGACAGUGCUUUGAUUUUUAUUUUACUAGACUGAAUAUUGGUGUUAAUCUUCCAAUUUGUGAGUCUUAACUUUGUUUGCCUCAAAUCAUAGAUGUUAAUAUCAUAGAGCACAUAGAAAUAAAGUUACAUUAUUCAUAUCAUAGGACUCAUUAAUAUCUUAUUUGAUGUAAUUAACAAAUAAUAUUUAUGAUUGAAUCUUUGUCUCACUGAGCCCCCUCCUAAAUGUUAAAUGAGUUACUUGGCACUGAUGUUUGGAUUUUCUUUUCUUGUCUGUCCUUACACUUUCUCUUAGAAGUCUCAUCCAAAUAAAGAUGUGUCUGCAUAAUGUCCAGCCCCAGUGAGUCAAACUGCCCACCUCAUUUCCAGCCGCCCCUGAGACUCCAUCACAGGAAUGCAUAUACUCUCCACAUCCUGCUCUUUCUACUUCAGAGUCUUCACUACUCCUGUUACCUUUUCCUAAAAUUUCCUUUCAUGCUAUCUCCAAAUUACUUUAUACACCUCCUCUUUGAAAGCUUCUAAGCUCUCCACUACUCUGAAAGCAGCCCUUUUUACCAGAUCUCUCAAUAUUAUAUUUACAGUUCUCAUACAGUGUUUAUCUUUUUAUGCCUUUUGUUAUGAUUUUUAAGGCUUAUUUUUUCAUGUUAUAUAAUCAAACCAAUGUCUAAUUUAUCUUUGAAUGACUUGCACAUAAAGAAGAUUUAAUAAUCUGCUUGAAAGAAAAAUGGCAUUUUUAAUUGAAAAUAAAACCAUACUCUCUUAAUGCAAGAUGUUGAAGUACGCUUCAACAUUUUCAAGAAUUGUUGUUGUUCAGUUGCUCAGUUGUGUCCAACUCUUUGUGACCACAUGGACUCCAGCACUCCAGGCUUACCUGUCCAUCACAAACUGCUGGAGCUUGCUCAAACUCAUGUCUGUCAAGCUGGUGAUGUCAUACAACCAUCUCAUCCUCUGCCAUCCCCUUCUCCUCCUGCCUUCAAUCUUUCCUAGUAUCAAGGUCUUUUCCAAAGAGUCAGCUCUUCGCAUCAGGUGGCCAGACUACUGAAGCUUCAGCUUCAGCAUCAGUCUGAAUUCAGACUGAUUUCAUUCUUCCUUCCAAUGAAUAUGCAGAGUUAAUUUCCUUUAGGAUUGACUGGUUUGAUCUCCUUCCAAGGGACUCUCAAGAUUCUUCUCCAGCACCACAGUUCAAAAACAUCAAUUUUUCAGCACUCAGCCUUAUUUAUGGUCCAACUCUCACAUCCAUACCUGACUACUGGAAAAACCAUAGCUUUGAUUAGAUGGACCUUUGUCAGCAAAGUAAUAUUUCUGCUUCUCAGUACGCUGUCUAGGUUUGUUAUAGCUUUUCUUCCAAGGAACAAGUGUCUUUUAAUUUCAUGUCACCAUCCACAGUGAUUUUGGAGCCCAAGAAAAUAGUCUGUCACUGUUUCAAUUGUUACCCUAUUUGCCAUGAAGUGGUGGGACUGGGUGCCAUGACCUUCACUGUUUGAGUGUUGACUUUUACACCUGCCUUUUUCACGGUCCUCUUUCACCUUCAUCAAAUGGCUGUUUAGUUCCUCUUUGCUUUCUGCCAUAAGGGUGGUGUUAUCUGCAUAUCUGAGGUUAUUGAUAUUUCUCCCGGCAAUCUUGAUUCCAGUUUGUGCUUCAUCCAGCCUGGCAUUUCGCAUGAUAUACUCUGCCUAUAAGUUAAAUAAGCAGGGUGACAGUAUACAGCCUUGAUGUACUCCUUUCCCAAUUUAGAACCAGUCUGUUGUUCCAUGUCCAGUUCUAACUGUUGCUUCUUGUCCUGCAUACAGAUUUCUCAGGAGGCAGGUAAGGUGGUCUGGUGUUUCCAUCUCUUUAAGAAUUUUCCACAGUUUGUUGUGAUUCACACAGUCAAAGUCUUUAGCAUAGUCAGUGAAGCAUAAAUAGAUGUUUUUUUCUGGAAUUCUCUUGCCUUUACUAUGAUCCAGUGGAUGUUGGCAAUUUGAUGUCUGGUUCCUCUGCCUUUUCUAAAUCCAGCUUUUACAUCUGGAAUUUUCUAGAAUAUUUGUUUUAAAACCCAGGUUCCUAUAUUCCUUCAUGCUUCCUUAAUCAGAAUAUCUUGGAGCGAAGAAUCUUAAAUGUUACAUACUCUCCAGGGAAUUCUUAUCCGUACUAAAGUUUGAGGAUCAUUGCUUAAUGUCAAUGAAAGUUUCACAUUUAUUCUUCCACAUGCACAUGAAUUUCAUUACAUAGUUCAAAGUUUGUACAGCAUAACAAAAGCCUAAGCCUUAAGGAAAAUUAUCCUGACACUAAAAGACUCGAGAAAGGUCAUAUUUUAUCAUAAAUAAAACCAGAAAUAUUUCUGAAUAUCAACUUUUACCAAAUAGUGUGCUGUGGUUAUAAAACUAUUUAAAACACUAGCCUCGGAGAGCUUAUGGUCAAGGUGAGAGAAAUGAUACAUAUGAAAAGUUGGUUGAAACAAGCAAAGUUAUCAGAGGUGUCCUAUUGUGUCCUAUAGUUUCACAUAUUAUCCAGCAUACUCACUGCCUAAUCAAAUUAAAAUAAUAGCAUUUUAUUUUUUUUUUAAAUUUUAUUUUUCAAAUUAAAAUAAUAGCAUUUUAAAGCAGUGGAAAUAACUCCAGAUGCAGACAUGACAGGAGGAGGAAAAAAGAACAGAGAGAGUCUGCAGUGAAGACUGGAGGCCCUGGUUGUCCCACCACUCACUUUCAGCAUGCUCAGUCACUCAGUCAUGUCCCACUCUGCAGCCCCUGGACUGUAGCCCGCCAGGCUCCUCUGUCUGUAGGAUUUUCCCAGCAAGAAUGCUGGAGUGGGUUGCCAUGCCUUCCCCUAGGGGAUCUUCCCGACCUAGGGAUUGAACCCGUGUCUCCUGUGUCUCCUUUAUUGCAGGCAGUUUCUUUACCUGCUGAGCCACUGGGGAAGCCCCUCACAUUCAAUAAGAUGUUUAUCUGAACCACAUUCUUGUUUUAGAUAUAAAUUUCUCCAUACCCGCCUCGUCCUCUCCUAGGGCUAAUCUUCAUCUUGGAAUGGCCCAGCAAGGAUUAUCAAGCACCACAUAACAGAAAUUCCACCCUCUGUGAGAUGGAGGGUGUUUGGAGAUGAAAAAGUAACCUGUGCAAUGGUAAUUCUGGACAGUCAGAGGCAGACAGACUCGAUGACUUGGGGAAAAGGAAUAAAUCUCAGGGGUCAUGGUCAGAGAGGGAAAUGAAGGAAUGAUAUAAGUAGUUUAUACAUAAUUUAUGGAAUCCUAGAAACAGCCCAACUGACACUGAAAAAUCACUGCCAUAUAUUGCUGACAGCUGAUGUAAGUAGUAUAGUUCUUUAGUAAGUCCACAGUCUUUAGCUUUCCCUCAAUGGAACCUAUUAUCCCUAUUCCAGGUUAAUCCAAGUCCAGCCAAAUGUCAGCCCAUCCUUACCCUCUUUCUCUCUCCUCCCCCCGCUAUAAAACUCAGCACCAGAGAUUGGGGUCGGAGGGGAGGUCUGUGAACGAGGGGUGUCCGUACGUGCUUCUUUUCCUGCCUCUUCUGUUGAGGCAGCACAGAGUUUCCUUGUUCCAGACCUUGAGGACACAUCCCUUGAGAAUGCCUCCAGCCUGCUGGGCAAGAUACGUAGCAAUGACUAAGUGGUGAGAUAGUCAAGAGACUCUAGACUUUUAUCUGAGAGAGGACACCUGGGCUGGAAUGAUCCAGAGAAAAUCUGGGGAAACAGAAAGCUGUGAAAACUGGAAUGGAAGAUCUGACACAUUUCUAGGCAAGGAAAGUGGUGUUGGCAAAGUUAGGCUUCAUGGGAACGCACAAGGCACGGUGAUGCAAUGGUGUGGCCCGGCCAGCUGGAGCACAGAGUUUGUGUUUGGAAGGAAAGAAGAUAGGAAAAAAUGGGAUGAGUCCAGACUCCAGCAGGCCUCAGAGAGUGAUUUUAAUUUUCACUAAGAAUAGUAAAUCUUUUCAAAUUAAUCAGUGGUAUUACCCCAGCUGCAAAAAUCUAGACAUCCUCAUUCUUAACUCUUUAUUAAGUAGUUUGCAAAAAGGAGGCAGAAACUUUUUUUUUUUUUUAAUGAUGCACUACAAUACCAAAACCCCAUUAGAUUACAACGAUAGUCAACACUGAUCAAGGACUUUUAAUAUUUUUAAUCACAAGGAAUUUAGUCAUGAGUUUAGAGAAAAGUCAGAAGAUUUGGGGUUAUGUUUUUGUUUUGGUGAUACACUUUUAAAACUUGAGUUCUGCUUUAUUAUAAUUCAACCAUGCUCAUGACAAUAAGUAAUAAGUGAUACCAUUAAGAUAAAAAAGAGGUAACAGACGAAUUUAGGGAACUAAAGAAAAUCAGUUCAAUUCAGUAGCUCAGUCAUGUCCAACUCUUUGUGACCCCCACGGACUACAGCAUGCCAGGCUUCCCUGUCCAUCACCAACUCCAAGAGCCUACUCAAACUCAUGUCCAUCGCAUCGGUGAUGCCAUCCAAUCAUCUCAUCCUCUGUCGUCCCCUUCUCCUCCCACCUUCAAUCUUUCCCAACAUCAGGGUCUUUUCCAAUUAGUCGGUUCUUCUCAUCAGGUGGCCAAAGUAUUGGAGUUUCAGCUUUAGCAUGAGUCCUUCCAGUGAUUAUUCACGACUGAUUUCCUUUAGGAUUGACUGAUUGGAUCUCUUUGCAGUCCAAGGGACUCUCAAGAGUCUUCUCCAACA